AUGGGCCACAGGUGCUGCAACAAACAGAAAGUUAAGAGAGGGUUGUGGUCUCCUGAAGAAGAUGAGAAGCUUGUCAAAUAUAUCACCAGCCACGGUCAUGGAAGCUGGAGUUCUGUCCCUAAAUUUGCUGGUUUAAAAAGGUGCGGUAAGAGUUGCCGUUUGAGAUGGAUAAACUACUUGAGACCGGAGCUCAAGAGGGGUUCCUUUUCUGCGGAAGAAGAGCAGAUCAUCAUAGAUGUCCAUAGAAUUUUAGGCAACAGAUGGGCUCAGAUAGCAAAACAUCUUCCGGGAAGGACAGACAAUGAGGUGAAGAAUUUCUGGAACUCAUGCAUAAAGAAAAAACUCAUGGCACAAGGCUUGGACCCAAAAACUCACAACUUGAUCCCUUCUCAUCAGAGAGCAGCUAAUAAGGUUGCAUGCAAUAUAUCACAAUCUAACCAACAACCCUUUUCAAUUAUCACCCUGGAUUCAAAGAUGAAAGAUUAUUCCAUGGAGAUAAACCCUCCUAUUCUAACACUACCUUCCCCUUAUCCUUGUAAUAGCAGUACUCAACCACCAUUGCUACAGACCACAACCAGCUUGCCCUUGCCCACCUCUAGUUAUCAAAACCCUAGUGUCAUGAUUUGGAAUGAAAAUACUCAAAAUUCCCAGGAUUCUUCCAUUUUUCCUUGUUUAUCAUCCAUUGAGAACACACUCAUUUCCUCUUCAUCUUCGUCUUCAGCGAACCCAACUGGGUUCGGUCUCUUGGAUGAGAAUUGCUUUUGGAGAACUAAUAUCAUUGGUGAGCCCUUUGAUGCAGCAAAAGUAUUCGAAGUUAUGAAAUCACAGGAUCAAGAAAACCAGCCAAACAAGAUUUGUGACGCCCAAAUCAUGGAUAAUACUAAAGGUGUUCACGACAAUAUGGAUGCUUCAUUUGACACUACUAGUUACGAUCUUGAGUUUGUCGACUCCACAAUAUUAUUGCCUGGUUCAAUGUGUCGUGAUCUUAGCUCCAUGGAUGAUCUUGCAUGGAACUUUUAG